AUGGCGGGGGGAUACUUCGACCUCCCCAUCGCCCGCCGUUUCAGUACUUCUAAUGCCAUGGCAGCAUCCGCCAAAGCAUCGGGCUUACGCACAUCACCAUCGCCCGGGUCCAAUGAUGGCCCUGGCCCAUGCGGCCUGCAGUCCUCGACCGAGCGAAGACCGAAUGACGCGGCCGCUCAGGGCAAGCAUCGGAAUGCCGGCAUUCUGCGCAGCACCAAUCGUGUCAAGUUCACCAUGGGCGAGCCCGAGCUGAAGGAGCCGAAGGAGAUAAGGGAGCCCCCGGGUGGAGCUACGGCCGAACCCCGACUGGACCGCAGGGGCAGCUCACAGCUCCCCCAAAGACCCGCGCCCACCGCCAACAUUCCAUACAUCCAAGAAAAGAGAAGCGUGGACCUUCAGCGGGGACCCUCAGUGGAAGAUGGCCCAGCAGGCGCGUCAGUGGAUGUCACCGGCCUGACGAUCAACUGCCGGACCAGCGCGCUGGCCACCAGCGAGGAUGAUGAGAUCAGUCCUGGCGCCACAGCCGGCGCGAAUGACAAGGGGCGAGCAAUACACUGUGCCCAUGAAAGGGCCCAGCGGCUUGCAUCCCUUCUGAGCCGGCCCCAAAAAUCUCCGAAGCCAAGUCCUCGGUCCAGCUUGGUGUCAUCGAUUGCUUCCACUCCUACUGAGGUAGUAUUUCCUUCGGAAGAUGGCGAUGAGAUUCCUAUGAUCAGCUUCCCCGAGAAACAACAACUCUUCGACGACCUCUCUGCAGCAGCGCUUGCCCUAACCGAUGAAGAGGAAGCGGGUGACUUAGACGGGCGAUCUACACCACGCACUGCUGAAACCCAAUACAUCGUGCGCCAAAUGGCCCGACGAGACUUCUCCUCCUUGAUCACCCGCGUUCGAGCUCCCUCUCCCGGUCCCCUCUCUGGCCAAGCCACCCCAUCCGAGGACCGGGACUCGGAGACCUCGAUCGAGCGGCCGAAGCUAUACCGCAACGGUAUCUUAUCUUCGAUCCUGAAGCUCUACGACCAACAGGGUAGCGAGCACCAUCACCACCACCAAAACCACUCCCCAUACGGCCGGGGUCGGUAUGGCCACUCCCGACAUGGGAGUGUCUCCGAAUACAGUGGACGCGGGUUCUCCCCCGACCCUGUUUGGAAACCGCACCGGCCCAGGAAGUGGUACGAAAAGUCACCCAGCCAAUCCAAUACCUCCCUCACCAGUGCCAGCAAGAACAGCUCCCCAAUUCACCUGCUGAAGCGGUCCCACAGCAGUGGCACUGUCGGGGCAGGCACCGGGACUCGUCGAUGGGCGAAACCCUCCCGGCUGGAAGAUGAGAUCCGUAUCACUGUACAUAUAGCCGAGCUUCUCUCACGCCAACGGUAUCUGAUCAGGCUCUGUCGGGCCUUGAUGAAAUACGGUGCCCCCACACAUCGCCUGGAGGAGUACAUGCGGAUGACAGCGCGUGUGUUGGAAAUUGAAGGUCAGUUCUUGUACAUCCCAGGAUGUAUGAUCAUCUCGUUUGACGACGCCGCCACGCACACGACGGAGGUCAAGGUUGUUCGUUCAAAUCAAGGCAUUGACCUGGGGAAACUGGCCGACGUACACGAGAUAUACAAGGAGGUGAUCCACGACGUGAUUGGUGUGGAAGAAGCCAUCCAGCGGCUCGACGAGACGAUGAAGAAGCGCAGCAAGUUCCACAUCCUGUUCCUCAUCUUCGCGCACGGGUGUGCAAGUGCAUCAGUUGGACCCUUUGCCUUCAAUGCCCGACCAAUCGACAUGCCCAUCGCCUUCCUACUCGGCUGUCUCCUCGGCAUGCUACAGCUCAUCCUCUCCCCGAGAUCGAGUCUGUAUUCCAACGUCUUCGAGAUCUCGGCAGCAGUGCUCACUUCCUUCCUGGCUCGGGCCUUCGGCAGUAUACGAUACCAGGGCGAGCCGCUCUUCUGCUUCUCCGCACUCGCGCAGGCGGCCAUUGCCCUCAUCCUCCCAGGCUACACCGUCCUCUGCGCCAGUCUCGAGCUACAAUCCCGCAGUAUCGUGGCCGGUUCUGUCCGGAUGGUCUAUGCCAUCAUAUAUUCCCUCUUUCUCGGGUUCGGCAUCACCAUCGGCACCGCCGUCUACGGUUUACUCGACUCUCAGGCAUCCACUGCGUACACGUGCCCUGCCAGCCCGAUCAACAACGAGUAUCUCCAACGCUUCCCCUUCGUAUUACUCUUCACAGCCUGUCUGGCCAUCGUCAAUCAUGCCAAGUGGAAACAGAUCCCCAUGAUGAUGGUCAUCUCUCUGGCCGGGUACGCGGUCAGCUACUUCAGCUCUAAGCGCUUCUCUUCGAACACGCAGAUCUCAAACGCCCUGGGCGCGUUCGUCAUUGGCGUCAUGGGAAAUGUAUACAGUCGACUCCGUCACGGGCUCGCAGCGGCUGCCAUGCUGCCCGCCAUUUUUGUCCUAGUGCCCUCCGGCCUCGCGGCCAGUGGAUCCUUGAUCUCCGGGAUUACUUCGGCGGAGGAGAUGACUCGGUCUCCGUACGCAGUUGUGACCAACGGCACGCAGGGGUUCGUCGAUGCAGCGAAGAAUCUAUCCGCGACUGACGCACGGAACCAAAGCUACGGUGUUGUCUUCGACAUCGGAUACGGCAUGGUCCAGGUGGCUAUCGGCACGACUGUCGGCCUGUUUCUCGCUGCGCUGGUGGUUUACCCGCUGGGUAAGAAACGCAGUGGGCUGUUCAGUUUCUAG